GUACGUCAGAGAAAUAAUUCCGCUAGAAAAAUAGAAUCAAGAAAGGGUGGAAUGGCAACAAUGAUUGAAGAAAAUGGUCCAUCAACUCAUGGGCAGAGUGAACUGUCAUCCUCUUCUUCCAGAGUGCGUCAGAAGCUGGAGAGCCUGCUGAACAAGAACAUGAGAAUCAGAAUGACAGACGGACGGACGCUGGUGGGACUGUUCCUGUGCACAGAUAGAGACUGCAACGUCAUCCUGGGGUCCGCUCAGGAGUUCCUCAAAUCCUCAGACUCCUUCUCCCAGGGUGAGCCCAGAGUGCUGGGGUUAGCCAUGAUUCCCGGCCACCACGUGGUCUCCAUCGAGGUGGAGUCAGACACCCUGGCCGACACACAGGGGUUCGGGGGCAGCCACUGAAGAACAAGCUGAGCUCACCCAAAGUUGGAGGACACUAUCCUAGAAAAGGCUACAGUACAGACUUGAAAUGGAGAAUUCAAUCAAACGAAUUCCAGAUGCGGCUGAUCUCUGGUGCCAGUGUCGUGGGUUUACCAGUCAGAGCCAAGAUCUGUGCGAAAUGUAACCAAGCAUCCCCAGUGACAUUAGUGUGUGUGAAGUUAAUACGGAGUAUAAAAGGUAUUUGCGCAAUAUGGGCAUGGGACUGAGCCAGACUGUACAGUAUGUGUCUGUGUGAUAAAUGUUUUUCAAUACA